UCAUUGCAAAUUAGUUGAGCUCAAUUAAUUUUGUUGGUCUCAGCUCCUUUGGAUUGUUUGGUACAUCCCUAAUCUGUCAAAUGUGACUGAUGUCAAUGUGACAAGUACCUAGCCAAAAUAGAUGCAAAAAAUUGCGAUAGAAAAAUGUUUAUUGUUGGUUGAACGUGAAAUUGUCCAACGUUUUCUAAUUAUUUCCUUAAAAUUUCAAUCAAUUAUUACAAAGAAGUUAUAUUCAACGUUUAUGAUCACGAAUUCCAGGGAAAAACGCCUGAAUGCAAAACCUAGGGAAAAUGAUAACGGAGCAGCUUCGAAAUCCAAACGAACUGGACAUAAGCCUGCGAAUGGAGUUCGGUCCAUUUGAAACUGUGCAUAAGUGGAAGCGCAUGUCUGAGUGCUACGAGUUUGUGGGCGCCAGACGUAGCAAACACACAGCGGUAGCAUACAAAGAUGCAAUUUAUGUAUUCGGGGGUGACAACGGGAAGUCUAUGCUGAAUGACCUGAUCAGAUUUGACAUCAGAGAGAAGUCCUGGACAAAGACUGGCUGUAUGGGAGUGCCACCUGCACCACGUUAUCACCAUUCUGCAGUGGUUCACCGGUCUUCCAUGUUCGUAUUCGGCGGCUACACAGGCGACAUACUCGCCAACUCCAAUCUCACGAACAAAAAUGAUUUAUUUGAGUACAAAUUCCAAAGCGCACAAUGGGUCCAAUGGAAGUUUACAGGACAGGAGCCUGUACCAAGGUCAGCCCACGGCGCGGCGGUGUACGACGACAAGCUGUGGAUAUUCGCCGGCUACGACGGAAACGCGCGCCUCAACGACAUGUGGACUACCAACCUUGUGGCGCCAAACCACCAAUGGGAGAGGAUAGAACAAAAAGGCCAGUGCCCGCCCACUUGCUGCAAUUUCCCCGUGGCCGUGGCGCGCGGCAAGAUGUACGUGUUCAGCGGACAGAGCGGCGCCAAGAUCACCAACGCUCUCUUCCAGUUCGACUUCGAGACUCACACUUGGACCCGCGUAUGCACAGAACACUUGUUGCGCUGUGCGGGCCCCGCCCCAGCGCGGCGAUACGGUCACGUGAUGCUGGCCCACGGCCGCCAUCUUUACGUCUUCGGGGGCGCCGCUGACAACACGCUGCCUGGAGAUCUCCACUGUUAUGACCUGGACACACAGAUGUGGUCGGUGGUGCUACCGUCAGCGGACUCGCAGCUGCCGACGGGGCGGCUGUUCCACGCGGGCGCGGUGGUGGGCGACGCCAUGUACAUCUUCGGCGGCACCGUGGACAACAACGUGCGGAGCGGCGAGCUGUUCCGCUUCCAGCUAUCGAACUACCCUCGCUGCACAUUACACGACGACUUCGGGCGCAUCCUCAAGUCGCAGCAGUUUUGUGACGUCACGCUUCUAGUGGGACCCGACAAAGUUCCCGCGCGCGCGCACCAAGCCAUGCUAGCGGCGCGCUCGCAGUACCUACGGGCUAAGAUCAAGGAGGCGCGUGAAGAGCUAAGUAAACGCAUCGCCGCGGGCGAGGAGCCGGCGUCGGAAGUGUACUCGUACAAGGCGGAGCCGCGCCUCACGGUGCCGCUGCCCGAGGCCACGCCCGAGGCCUUCAGCAUGGUGCUCAACUACAUCUACACCGACCGGAUCGACCCCACCGAGAAGGACGAAGACCCUGCAUCGCCCGCCACCAUUCUACUAGUAAUGGAAGUACUCCGACUAGCCAUCAAGCUGAGCAUACCACGCCUACGAGGGCUGUGCGCGCGGUUCCUGCGAGCCAACCUGUGCUACAGCAACGUGCUGCCGGCGCUGCACGCGGCGCACCACGCUCAGCUGAGCUGCAUCAAGGAGUACUGCCUGAGGUUCGUGGUGAAAGACUACAACUUCACUCCGAUCGUGAUGUCUGCGGAGUUCGAGCAGAUGGACCAGAGCCUCAUGGUGGAGCUGAUCCGCCGGCGCCAGCAGCCCAGCAAGCAGCCGCCCGCGCCCUACAACGACUACGAAGAAGAGAUCAACGGCACAACACUAGAACAGGACAUGAGUGUAUUCGCGAGCGGCGGCGCAGGCGGCUUAGAGCUGAGUGACGUGAAGCUACGAGUAGGGUCUGCGAGCAGGCCUGCUCACCGCUCGGUCCUAGCCGCAAGAGCUGCGUACUUUGAAGCUAUGUUCAGAUCAUUUUCGCCGCAAGAUAAUAUCGUCAACAUUCAAAUCUGCGACACUGUCCCGUCAGAGGAGGCCUUUGAUUCUUUGCUCCGGUACAUCUACUAUGGCGACACCAACAUGCCUACAGAGGACUCCCUGUAUCUGUUCCAAGCGCCAAUAUAUUACGGGUUCACCAACAACCGUCUCCAAGUGUUCUGCAAGCACAACCUACAGAGCAACGUGUCGCCCGACAACGUGCUCGCCAUCCUGCCGGCCGCCGACCGCAUGCGAGCCGCCGACAUCAAGGAGUACGCGCUCAAGAUGAUCGUGCACCACUUCGGACAGGUGGCCCGCCAAGAAGCGAUCAAGAACCUAGCACAACCUCUACUCGUCGACAUCAUCUGGGCACUCGCCGACGAGCCGCACUACGACGCUCCGCUGCCGCUGCAGCCGCGCCCGCUGCCGUCGUCCGCCUCCGCCGACGCGCUGGCCGACGAUGACCAUGCGAGACACCGCUCGGCGCGGCCGUAACGGCGCGACACUCGCCCACGGGCCCACCAGGCGGGGACUCAGAGGCACGCGCGCCCCCGCUCCGCCAGGUCAAGACGCGACACUCCCUAAAAUUAUGCUCACGUGGCGAAAAGUAACGACGCCACAAUCCCCAAUAAGUGACGCUCACGAAUUCGCGAUCGCCCGGCUAAGCUCACAGUCUCACACACUAAUCAGGACACUCGUAAGGCGGCAUGUUAAUAAUAUUAUGUGCGUCUACGCUCCGCUAAUCCGUAACGACGCGACAUUUCCCAGUAAGUGGUUCACAACGCGCACCCGCUCCGAGCAUCUGUGAUGCAUAGAAUAUCUACAAGUGAGAAUGAACAAGACAAGUGAUAUCAGUUCAAAAUUGCUAGUGCUA